UCUCUGCGUAUAAAUAAGCCCGUGAUCCCGAUUUCCCUCCUCCAAGGUUUGUUUCCUUGCAACCGAGAGAAUAGAAGCGUGGAGGAGAAGGGAGAGGCGUCGGAAUCGAAGCUGUCGGUCUCAGACGUCACAACUUGAAAGUUAAAUUGCGUUCAUGGGCACCAUGGUAGAUUCAACCAAGGAUGUUAAUGGGAGCUUCCCAGGUGACAACAAGAUCAUUGUUGUUUUUGUGUUAGGUGGGCCUGGCAGUGGAAAAGGCACACAGUGCACAAGAAUUGUUGAAAACUUUGGUUUUACCCAUCUUAGUGCUGGUGAUCUUCUGCGUGCAGAAAUUAAGUCCAGUUCAGAAAAUGGCACCAUGAUCUCUAACAUGAUAAAGGAAGGCAAAAUUGUCCCCUCUGAGGUUACAAUUAACCUUUUACAGAAGGCUAUGCUUGAAAGCGGAAAUGACAAAUUUCUUAUUGAUGGCUUUCCUCGAAAUGAAGAGAAUCGUGCUGCUUUUGAGAAUGUUACAAAAAUUGAGCCAGAAUUUGUCCUAUUUUUUGAUUGCCCUGAGGAAGAGAUGGAACAGAGACUUUUAAGUCGAAACCAGGGAAGAGAUGAUGACAACAUUGAAACCAUAAGGAAGCGUUUUAGAGUUUUUGUGGAAUCCAGUUUACCUGUAGUUGAGUAUUAUGACAUGAAGGGCAAGGUUCGAAAGGUUGAUGCUCUGAAGCCUAUUGAUGAGGUUUUUGAAUCUGUGAAGUCUAUUUUUGCCCCGUUCCAUACCAAGGUUGAAUAGAGCAGCUUAUGAUGAUAAUAAACUACAUUAUAUACAAGGCAUUCCUCGUUGAGGGACAGGGUGAAAUCAAUGUUAUCACAUGAUGGAAUCUAAUGAAAUUUUCAAACAUCUUCAUCUUGCUUGGGGAGGAACAAGUCCAAUGGCAUGUUUAAGGAAUGGAGUCCCUGCAUACAAACUGAAAGGAUACAUGUUGUAUUGACAUGAAUAUUGAAUUAUUAAUGACCAUUUUGGGUUGAUGGUCCCCUAGUUGAUCAUGUAAAUUCCUCUAAAACAAAAUAAUGUUAUUCUCCACCGGCUCUAAAUGCUUCUAUAGUGAAAACAUUCGAUGAUACAAUAAUGUGUUUUAUUUACCAUUUAGCAUCUCAAAGGUAAUGGGAUUGGACCGUCAUGUUUCCAACAUGUCAAGAUCAUCAGCAAAUGCUGUGUGUAUCGGUAUAUGAGAUUUACAAUACUUUAGGGUCAUCUGUUUGUUGAUACCUCCAGAAAGUUACAAGUGUUUGGUUUAGUAAUUGCAGAUUAUAAGUCAUGAUAUAGAUCCUUAUCCAAAGUGGUUGAUAAAUUGUCUAGCAAUGCUAAACAGCAGAUGUAGAAGAAAAAUAUUUUGUUUUCACAUGCUCUUAGGCUACUAAACAUUAUCAAGCUUAGUUUUAGUUUCAAUAUUUUCUUACUGAUAAGCAUUCACCUGUUCCAACACAGUUGAUCACGGAGUAUUUCACACAUUUGGCAGCUCAAAGUUUAUUCGGGUUAUCCAAGUUGCUUCUAUGUUUAGGUUCACUAUAUUGGCUAUUUUGGGCAUGCUAUGAUCUCUAGUUCUCUACCAUCUUCCUAGCACUAGACAAUCUCAUAUUAUAAAAAUAACCUUGCUCUAUCUAAAGAUGAGAAUGUUUUAUUAUCUCAGUAUUCACGCAUUCGGCAGCAAUAAUAUUAUUGUCAAAUAAUUCUGUUCUUGACAGGCAUAUAUUUAUUGUACAUGUCACUUCCAUUCAGAUUCUAA